AUGGUUCCGGCAUGUUUGAGUCGUCCAGACGCCCCUGAACACCAGCCUCUUCCAGACAGCACGUACGACCACACCCACUCAACACACUGUCCCCACCCAGGACAAGGAUCAUCAUGUGGGACAGAGCCUCCGACCGACAUCAACCUUGUUUACAGCAUUUUGAAUCUGCCCCAGGCUGCCUCUGCACAAAACCACACAAGACGGCAAGCUGGAAACACCGAGGAGGAUUCUGUCAACUACGCUCCUCUGAACUUUAAGAAUAAUCUGAAGAAGAAGCAAAGAAAGGUGGAAGAAGACUCUGUGUAUGCGAAGGUGUCCAAGCCAACACGAGUUAAAAAGGUCAGGAACCGUUCGUUGGAGGAAGAAGAAGAAGAAGAGAUGUUUGUUCUCAUCUGGGCGACUCUGCUUUUCUCUGUGAGAGUCAGCGAUGCUGAGACAGGUUCUUCAGUGUGGGGGAGAACAAGUUGUCCGUUGACAGAUUACUGUAUCACUCUAGUUGAAGGAGAAAUAACAGCGGAGGCCGGACUCUGUGUCGUGAUACCAUGCUCCUUCACUGUUCCUGAGGAUAUCAAAGUCUUACAUAUAGUUUGGUUGAAAUGUGAAUCGACCAAACAGAGAUGUGGUUAUGGAGACAGGAUUUUCAACAGUAACACCUUCAGCGAUCAGGUUCAGUCGGAGUUUAAAGGACGAGUGUCACUGCUGGAGUCUGAUGUGAGCAAGAAAAACUGCAGCAUCAUCGUCAAUGACCUGAAGGAGUCGGACUCUGGAACAUAUCAACUCAGAGUUGAAGCUUCACCGAGUUCAGGUUCAUAUAAUUUCCCCCAAAGAGCAACUGUCUCUGUUCAAGGUAUGAACCAUUCUGCUGUAUGACAUGUUUGGUGUUUUGGGGCCAUAGGCUGCAAAUAAACAUGAACAACACUUC